CCAGGUUUUCAUUAACAUGACACAUUCCUGCUCUACUUUAUUUAACUUGGCCAAGUACCAUUGGUGAGUUCAUUACACUGCACCUGGGCUGGAGACAGUCAAAGUUCAUGGAGCAUCACUGAGGGGGGUUUCGUCAGAUUUUUCAUGCACCAGCAGACUGAAAUGGAUAAAAGCAGCAUCAGGAAGAGGAAGGAGUCCCAGAACGGCUCCACCGGCUGCACCUUGGAUUGUCAGCCAAAAGUCAACGAGCCUGUGAAGGCUACUGUGCUUCAAAGAGAAGUCGGUCUGUUAAGUGGCAUCUCUCUGAUUGUUGGGACCAUGAUUGGCUCGGGUAUCUUCAUCUCACCUAAGUCUGUUCUACUGUACUCUGGAGCUGUGGGACCCUGCCUCCUCAUCUGGGCUGCCUGUGGCGUGUUAUCCACUCUGGGAGCACUGUGCUAUGCUGAGCUUGGUACCAUGAUCACCAAAUCGGGGGGAGAGUACAUAUAUUUAAACGAGGCUUUUGGCUCCCUCGUAGCCUACCUUUAUACCUGGACCACCGUCAUGGUGCUGAAGCCCUCCUCCUUCGCCAUCAUCACUCUGAGCUUUGCAGAAUAUGCCUCCACUCCUUUCUACGCCGGCUGUACUCCUCCUCUUGUUAUUACCAAGUGUCUGUCCGCAGCAGCUAUAAUUCUGAUCUCCCUCAUCAAUGGUGUGAGUGUCAAACUGGCCAGCUAUGUGCAGAAUUUCUUCACCGCAGCCAAACUUUUCAUCAUUCUCGUCAUAGUGGUAGCUGGCAUGGUUAUGUUGGCACAAGGAAAGACUGAGACUUUGUCGGCUGCAUUUGAUGGCACAUCAUCGUCUUUCGGAGCAAUUGGACUUGCAUUUUAUAAUGGGCUUUGGGCUUAUGAUGGAUGGAAUCAACUGAAUUUCAUUACAGAGGAGCUGAAAGAUCCAUACAGGAACUUGCCACUGGCCAUCCUCAUUGGGAUCCCUUUGGUAUCUGUGUGCUAUGUGAUGGUCAACAUCUCUUACUUCACUGUUAUGACCACCUCUGAACUGUUGGUAUCUCCAGCUGUUGCCAUGACUUUUGGAGAAAGAGUCCUUUUCUCUAUGUCUUGGAUCGUUCCUCUCUUUGUUGUCUUCUCCACAUUCGGCUCUGCCAACGGAAGCUGCUUCACCGCUGGCAGACUGGCUUACGUGGCCGGUAGAGAGGGUCACAUGGUGAAAAUCUUAUCCUAUAUUAGCCUGAAGCGCUACACUCCAGCCCCCGCUCUUAUGUUCAAUGGUCUUUUGGCUAUUUUCUACAUUAUCCCAUCAGACAUCAACAGCCUUAUUAACUACUUCAGCUUUGCUCAGUGGACCUUUUAUUGUCUGACAGCGCUGUCUCUCAUAGUCAUGCGUUUCACAAGGAAGGAGCUCCACAGACCAGUAAAGGUGCCGCUUUUAAUACCAAUGCUAAUGGUCCUGGUGUCCUGCUACUUAGUCCUGGCUCCCAUCAUUGAUAAGCCAGAACUGGAGUACCUCUACUGCACUAUCUUCAUCUUAAGUGGACUUCUCCUCUACUACCCUUUUGUCCACCGGAAGGUCAACUGGGGACGCAAACUCAUGAGGCCCAUCACCAUGCACCUCCAGCUGCUGAUGGAAGUAGUUCCCCCUGAGAAAGCUGAGUGAGAAGGGACAGAACUGACAACCAGGUCAGCAGAGUGGAUCAGAGCCAAAAAUCAGAGCUCACCUCUGGUUAAAUGUUUAUGCACUGUAUUCAUGAACCUGUGUGUAACUGUCUCACAGACAUGAUGUUUAUUUUUUAUGUUUGUGUCAUAAAUUCAUGAUUUUUUUUGUUCAUACAGUAAUUAAAAAUGAUUGAAAAUUAAUUUUUUAUUCAUUAAUAAAUUAAUGAAUAAAAAAAGAGGAUAAAAGGGUAACACUGGUUAAAAACAUGUCUGAAAUAUACCUCCUUUAAAAUGAGGUUUGGUUGGAAAUGUAUGGGUUUUUAUGUAAGGUUUAAUGUAAAGUGUAAGGUGUAACAGGUCACAUGCCCAGAGUUUAGUUUAGGGCAUGACCAUGGCAUUAUGAGUGCACACCAACAUGGAUGCAGAGGUCCCAAAAUAACCUUUUUAUGCACGGAGUCCAAGAGGUGCACACGGUGUUUCAUACUUGUGUAUAAUGUUUUCUAUGUGCCUUUACAUGGACAACAUGAUACCUUUUCAGAUUUUAUGUGAUUUAAUCACAUUUCUGUUGUACAAAGGUAUCAGCAGACGAUUUACUUUGAGACUGAGCGAUGUGUAUUUGAAACUUUUUAUGUCUUUUAUUUCUUGUAGUUUUCACAAUGUCUGUUUUUAUGGUGUUUGCUGACGACGAGAGAGAGAGAAAAUAAAACUUCAAAAGACACAUAUAAUGUGUGGCCAUUA